AUGUGUUGUUAUCACGGAGCGGCUGAUUGUUUCAAGUUUAUAAGAACAGAAUUUAACUCAGAAAUAAAUCAAUCAUGUUUAAAAUUAUCAUUUUUAGGAGGAAAUUCAGAAAUCAUCAGUGAAUGUCUGAAAUAUUCAUCAGUUAGAGAUUGUAUGGAAUAUGCAAUUAUAUCACACAACAUUGAUUUUGUUACAUUCUUGAUGAAUGAGUACCAUAUAAAGAUCGAUUUAGAAUAUUGCGGAAAAUAUAAUAAUCUUGAGCCAUUCUUAGUUUAUUUCGAUCAAACAAAUGAUAUUAAUAAAUGCUUUAUUUAUUCAUCGAUAUUUGACAUAUCAUCAAUUUGCGAAUAUUUCCUUUCAAAUGGUGCAAAUAUCAAUGAAAAAGAUAAAUUUGGUCUAACUGCUCUUCAUAAUGCAGCAGAAUAUAAUUGUAAAGAAACAGCAGAACUUCUUAUUUCUCAUGGUGCAAAUGCUAAUGAAAAAAAUAAUUCUGGGGAAACUCUUCUUCAUAUUGCAGCAAAUUUUGAUUGUAAAGAAAACGCUGAACUUCUUAUUUCUCAUGGUGCAAAUGUCAAUGAAAAAGAUAAUUCUGGAGAAACUCCUUUUCUUAUUGCAGCAAAUUAUAAUCGUAAAGAAGUCGCAGAAUUUUUUAUUUCUCAUGGUGCAAAUAUCAAUGAAAAAGAUAUAAAUGGAAAACUGCUCUUCAUCAUUUAA